CUAGAGUGAUAUGUUGUGUUACGUCAUUAUACAGAAAAACAAAUUUUGGUUUCGCUUGCAAAAGUGACCCUUUUCGGCUAUUUCGAACACUUUUCGGCCCCGCCACGCGAGUAAAUCUUUUGCGGAUCCUUCGUUUGUCGGCGUUUAUUUUUCGUUUUCGUGCGAGUUCUCGUUUUUUUUUUCUCUGGAACAAAUUGACGUUGUUUUUUUCGUUCGUUCUCGUUCAGUUAACCGGUAGGUUGAUGUGUGAGUGAGGUUCGUACUUUAAUCCAAGACUGACUAAUCUUAAGUGCGUUUUGUGAUUUGUUGUUUAAUUGUUGUGGUUCUGGAUAGUAGGGAUUUUUUCGAUUGGUCACUGCAAUGGAAAAGUUCCAGGAACAACCGGACGACGAUCAGGAUCAAGUUUUUGAAGUCGAGGAACCCGAACCGAGUCAAACGUCGAAGAUCAUAAUUUCGAAUUUGGGUCCACAUGUCAGGUUCGAAGACAUCGAACAUCUCCUCAACGAACAAGGGAGAGUAGUCUCAUGUGACAAAUUGACCUCCAAGGACCCCAGUACGCAGACCGUAGCUGUUACGUAUGAAACUACAGAACAAGCGCAACAGGCGGUAAAUUCCCUUAAUGGCGCCGAAGUAGAGGGUAAACAACUGAAAGUCGAAUUGGCUGUAGAAAAACGGGGGCGGAGAGGUCCUCGGGGUCCGGGUGCCCCCUUUGGGGGGUUACCUGGGCAGAGCAGGCAGACAGACUUUCCCUUAAGGAUCCUGGUGCAAAGUGAUAUGGUGGGAGCAAUUAUCGGCAGACAGGGUUCAACUAUCAGACAAAUUACGCAACAGACAAGGGCACGAGUGGACGUCCACAGAAAAGACAAUGUGGGUUCCUUGGAAAAGGCCAUCACCAUUUAUGGUAACCCUGAAAACUGCACGAAUGCGUGCAAGAGGAUCCUGGAAGUUAUGCAGCAGGAAGCCAAUAACACGAAUAAAGGAGAAAUAUCUUUGAAAAUACUGGCCCACAACAACUUGAUAGGCAGGAUCAUAGGCAAGGGCGGUAACACUAUCAAAAGGAUCAUGCAGGACACCGACACGAAAAUCACCGUGUCAAGCAUAAACGACAUCAACUCCUUCAAUCUGGAACGGAUCAUCACCGUGAAGGGGACGAUAGAGAACAUGAGUCGAGCCGAAGCGAUGAUCAGUUCGAAAUUGAGGCAGAGCUACGAGAACGACCUCCAAGCCAUGGCACCCCAGACGAUGAUGUUCCCGGGUCUACAUCCCAUGGCUAUGAUGGCCACUGCUGGAAUUGGAUAUGGAUCAAGAGGCCUCUACACUGGACAAGCUCCCUAUCCUGGCAUGUACCCUGCAGGAUCGUCUCAAGCCGGUGGCGAUACCCAAGAAACGACAUACUUGUACAUACCCAACAACGCAGUAGGUGCCAUAAUCGGUACUAAAGGUUCCCACAUCAGAAAUAUCAUAAGAUUUUCCGGUGCCUCCGUUAAGAUAGCUCCCAUAGACGAGACCAAACCCCAAGAGACGCAAAACGAGAGAAGGGUCACAAUUGUUGGCUCCCCGGAGGCCCAGUGGAAGGCCCAGUAUUUGAUUUUCGAAAAAAUGCGAGAGGAAGGAUUCGUAGCUGGUUCCGACGACGUUCGACUAACGGUCGAGAUAAUGGUGCCAAGUUCUCAAGUAGGAAGAAUUAUCGGCAAGGGCGGUCAAAAUGUACGCGAACUGCAGCGAGUGACCGGCAGCGUGAUCAAAUUGCCCGAACAAGGCGCCUCUCCUCAAGAAGACGAAACCACAGUUCAUAUCAUUGGGCCGUUCUUCAGUGUCCAGUCGGCACAACGACGCAUUCGUGCCAUGGUCCUGCAGUCCGUAGUGCCCCCGCAAGGCCGGCAGCGCCCCCCGAGACCACAGAAAGAUCCCAGUCAAUCGGAAGGUACAUCAUCCGAGCCACAACAGUAGUACUAGCUAGAGCAACACAAACACUGCCUGUGCGCAUGGGUUUCACCAUACCCUAUUGUACACGAAACGUCUCUUCGAUGCCUUCCACUCGUUUCAAGGAGCUCCACCCCGUACGACAAGCGCAGGUCGUGCUUCCAAAUGAGCGAGGGUGCGCCUUGAGUUUUUGUUUUCUUGAUUUUUUUUUUGAAUAGUUAUUAUAUAGUUGAGUUGAUAUAUAGUGGAAAGUCUUUGACGGGAAUCGUCCUGGAAUAAGGUAUGCGUCGAACUACGUGCCUACUAAACAGAAUCUACCUCAAAUAAUCAAAAUAUAUUAGAUUAUAUAGCCACUGAAAUUUCCGUUAUUUACACACAACAAACAUACAACCGAACAACCGCAUAUUUUUUUUUACUAUUACCUGAACUUCUGUGGACACAAUAACCAAAGAUACCAAGCCGAUGUUCGACAGCAAAAGUCCAGUCAUCGUGAACAUCUGAAGAAUUUGCACACACACUACAUCAAAGAAACACAAGAGGCGUACAGUUCCUUCGGAGUUAACGUGGCUGUUACAUUUUUUUACUACUACUACCGUAAUAAAAUACGAGUGUGAAUGUGAAAAAAAAAGCUUUAAGUAACUAUUUCGGACCUUGUUUUAGUUUAUUAGUGUAUUGUGUUUGGAGCUAGGCGGUAGAUGGUGCGUCGAUAGUUGCGAUUGUUUCGAAAUUGCGACAAACUCUUUGCCAAGUCGCCGGGGAGUUUAUUUGGCCGAACGGCAUUCGGACGAACUGUCGUUAACAAAAGUACCGCUUAGCCCCAAUUGUGACUGUACUACACCGGAGAAGGUACCGCGAUACCUAAACCAAACUGAAACUUGAAAAUGGACAACUUCGUGUGCGUGAAUGUGGUGAAAAAUAGACAUUUUUUAACUAUUAUAUUAUUGUUAGGCGAUUUGUUGAAAUAAAUGUUAUUUUCCGUCGGUUUGGGGUUUGGGCAGGUUCCGAAAAAUGUAUUAUUAUUUGUUGGAGUGUCGGGACUGUCGCCCCUCCCCGCUCCGCGGAAGCAUGCAAAAAAAGAGCGGUGAAAUUUAGAUAUGCCAAGAUGUAGGAGACGAGUACGAGAGGAAAACGGCCUCCUUGAAUGCCUUGCGUCAAGGCAGUUAGAGAGAGGGAUCCUCUCGUUCCUGAUAGUACAAACUCGAGAAUAUAGAUGGCGUUAGGACAGAACGCCAGGCCGGAUUUCGUGCGGGUGGGUUAUUAGGGAUCAUUCGUCACUUGAAUGGUGUGGAGGUGCCUCCAAUCUAGCCCCUACUCUGUUUACUUUUUUUUGUCGAAUUAAGUUGGUGGUUUCGUAUUCCCAGCUGUUUCUUCAUUAAGAUAUUUCACUGCCAAGCCGAUAUGUGCCUAGUCAGUGUUGAGCAGUCGCAGGGUUUGAUCAUCUUUUAAGUCGUAAAAUAUAAUUGCUGAUUGAGAACAAUAUUUCAUCUAUUUCGUUCUAUUUGAACACACGUCGAAUUCUACUGAAGAGCAUAUUCAAAUACUAUUUGUCAGAUUCUUUCUUCUGUUUGAUUGAAAAAAAAUCAAAUAGGAAAAAACAUCGUUAAAAGUUUUUGAUGCAAAAGGUAGGUUUAGGUUUUUUUGACAAACUAGGUUUUAUUUCAGAAUGCUAUUUCCAAACAUUCGUUUGGAAAUAGAGAAACAUGAAAUAUAACGGCAAAUGAAAAUAAAAUUUUGAAUCGCUCUCCGAUGCCAUUUUUCCUAUAUGAAGAAACUUCUACUUUUUUUUUCAAUUUGAAAGUAUUCUGAAUUCUUAAAUCCCAUUGAAUUCAACAACUGAAAUAUUUGAAUAAUAAACUAUGUUACUGAGAUAAAAAAGCAUGGAGUUUACUUUUUUCGCCUGGUUUUAAUGCCCAUGUUAUUUGACGUGACUACUAAAGCAAAUGAUUGGCUGACUUUUUGUGGCGAACGAUCCCUAAUAACGCAUUCCCAUGAAAAACCGCGUUGUAAAAUAACUAUUUUUGAUAAAUAUUGUUUGUUGGGGUGGAUAUCUUUUUGUUAGAUUUUUAAAAAAAUUUUAGACGUAGCGGGGUCGCUAUUUUAAACUAAAAAUAAGAAAUUGUGAAAAAAUGGAUAUAAAUUAUUAUAUUGAGAAUAUAAAUAUAUUUAUUACUUUUGUGUAUAAAAAAAAUGAGAAGAGAAAAAAAUUUUGAAUCGUUUGUACAGAGUUUAUGAAAAGAGUGCCAAAGUGCAAGAAAUGUUACCAGGAGAGCUUGCUUUAUUUAUGAUAAAAAAAAUGUUAGUAAAAGGGUACAUAUAUUUAUUUUCGGCAGAAUGAAGCAUAGAGAAAAGAAACACUCGUCAUCCCUCUCAUACAACAUUCUUUCGGGAAACUCUCGCAAAAGCCAUCUACAGUUAAUGUGGUAAUGUAGAAAAUAAAAAUUGGUAAAAGAUACAAUCAUAUAACAUCGCACAAAACAAACGACUUUUAGUACAAAAUGAAUGUAAUAAACAAAGUGUAGAAACAGUUCCAACAUUCAAAUGAUCCAUUUUUCACAGAAGAUACCAUCAGUCUAUUGAGAAAAUCUAACGUUGGCUGAUUUUCUUUCAUCUGCCUUCAGUAUCUUGUAGCAGGUGAAAGAAAUGAAGAGCUGUCAAUUUUCAUUAUUUUUCCAUUUCAAAAUUAUCGUAACAAUCAAAACGUUACUUUCUGACCCCCCAAAACAAAAAAGGUUGAUUGUAAUACUGAAAUGAUCACCAAGAUCACCAAAUCACGUAAUCAAUUGCUACCAAAGGCAGUCUACGCAUACGUAUAUGUUUUUCAAUUGAGUUGAGAUUUCAUUUGUGUCAAUUCAUCUACCAAAGAAAUCAUACACGCUAGGAAACUAGUUUGAAUUUUUUCUUCACACAAUUGAUACUUUCUGUUUUUUCUGUUACGUUUUCAAUUAUUCGAUUUGUUUUCGAAAAAUACGUUGCAAAUAGAGUUUGUGGUCGUUCUUCAAAUAAUUUGCUUGAACGUCAGUGCCAGAUAAACUCCACAAUUCCUUUUCAUCCUGAGAGCCAUUAUAUAAUAAUUUUUGAUUAUUCCUACAGGGCGAGUCUGAAUGUUGAAUAUUCAGUGGCAUAGGAAAUGUCGUAAACAAAUCAGGACAUGUAUAAACUAGGAAAGCUUUGUGAUGUUUGGUUCGCCCUGUAUCUCACACGUGUGCGAGGACAAAAAGCGUUCUCGUAAUACAGAAUAAUCACUGCUUAUACUGGGCGAUUCAAAUGUCCCCAUCCGUUAGGGCUCGAGACAUAUUAUAAUGUACACGGAAGGUUGAAUGGCACCAAAUCAGGGAAAUAAACAAUUAUGAAAUUUUUACUGCUUCCAAAGUUUCAAAAAGUUUUCUGCAGCCCCUUCAAGCUUCAAUAAAAGUGUAUUUAUUUUUCAAGAAUGAAUUCCAUGCAUCUAAAUGUGUCAAGCCUAUUCUGUUUGAGAAUUCCACACGGAUGUGACAUUUGGGUCGCUCUGUAUAGGCCCGUACGAAAAUUACUGUUGGUCGUUGACUUAAAAAAGAUGACUGACAAUCCAUACAUAUACAAAGUUAUGGUAUUUCAUAGUGCCUACCAUAAAUUCCGAUUGAGCGAUUGAUUUCGAUUGGAUUAAUAUUAUGUAACACAAAAGUUUGACCUCCCGGCUAUAUUGUGUGAACCGUUUAAUAUUUUGUCGAUAUCAUAAAAUGAAAAAAAUAUAUAUAAUAAUAAUCAUAGAUGUUGUGAAGCGUGAGGCAACUUUUGUUUCGUUGUUUAAAUUUGCGUAUUUCAAGUGAUUGUCUGUUUUGACAAAUGUCGAAUUCAGUCGUCUCAAAUCGGGAUCGCGUUAUUCUAUAGUUAUAGUUUUUCUUUCUUGAAGUUAUGCAUUUUUUUACAUGUAAUUUUUACGAGUUUCAUAGAUUUCUGACGUGUCCGAAAAAGCUACGUUCUGCAGGCGAGUUACUCUGUUACGUCUACUUGGUGUUUCAAUGCAUUGACUUACAUAUUGAUUUGAGAUCUGAAUGACCAAAUAUUUCGACAGUUGAUCGAAUUUUUGGAGACUUCAAAGUGUAAUUGAAAUCGAAUUUCUUCCGAGAUUCGCAAAAAAAUUCAUUUCAAAUAUUUGGAAAGAAUAUCGGCCUCUUACGCAACAAAUAUCUUUGAAACCAAGAAGUCGUAUAACAAAGAAACUCGUCCUUCCGUAAAAAUACAUAGCCGUAGAAAAGCCUUGGUUUGGGUUAAUCUGACUUUCUUUUUUCCCAAUAUACUUGAAGUAACAUUAAUCACCGAAGGAAUUUUCGUUAAUGAGUAGCUACUCAUGUGAGUAAUUUAGAAACGUCCGGAUUAACUCAACAGAACUUUUCUGACCGAGAAAUCAAAGUCAUUCUAUAGUAUAUAGUACAUAUAUUAUCAUCUGGUAUUUUUUAUAUUUAAUUGUUCGGGUGAGUGGGUACCUCUCGACAAUCAGUUUUAGUAUUUUCGAGUUAAGCCUCUCACCCACUGUGGCUUGGCGGUUUUCAACUUCUUUGUUUGUUCCAAUAGAUAAAUCAUGUCAAAUCAGUAAGUUCCGAUAUGGCUCGACAUCUGCGGGUUGGAAACCGUUACUUCCACAUUUUUUAAAACCACUAUAGUUUAUAGUACAUGUUACAUAACGCUAGACGGAGACUGAUGUGUGCAAACCAGCCCGCUGUAGAAUUAGUACCUUAGUACCGGAUAAAUGUACCGUUUUCAGCCAGAAUAUUGUUCGUCUUGCACCUUAUAGAUUCUUUUGUCUUUUCUGUCUUGUCGAGUUAUAAGCUGAUGAUACACUCCCGUACGAAUAUUUUGUACAAUAUCCGAAGGACUAAGGAAUAAUUAUUGAAAAAAAAAACAGAUGUAAACUACCUCAGUAAUUAUAUAUUUGUUGUUCAUGUUUUAACUUGGGUAUUGAUAUAAGUUUAUAUUUUACUUAUGGUGAAUGCUAUUUGUACUACAACACAGUUUAUAUAUUAGUGCAUAGUUGCGAGUUUUUUUGAGGUGUGUCACUGUUUUUGCCCAGUCGAGCUUUAAACGUGAAGGAUUCAGAUCGGUUUUGGUAAACACCAAGACCAGUUUGAUGCAAAUCUUAUUAAUGAAUCUACAAAAUAAUAAAACUCUGCUUCCUCAAUCUGUUGCAAGUUCCGGAGAGCCAAAACAUAUGUUGAAUGUUUCUAGGUGUAACUCUGUUGAGGUAAUUCUUUUCUGCAGAUCAGGGCUGUGGCACAUCCAAAUUAAUCAACCAGAAGUGUGUUGUGAAUCAAAACCCACUUGUAUAUUGUUAUACUUCUACUGUUGUUUCUGGUGCUAACUACUAUAUUAUUGAAGGUGCUUGGUGGCAAUUCGACGAUUGUCGCCGUUAUCGUUACACCUGUAACAUAGGUAGGAUCAUCUGUGGAUUUAGGAAAAAAUUUCAAAUACGAAAACGAAACUGGUGCAUGUUUCGACGUGCCGUUUUUUGCGGUUUUUUCCUGUGCCAUUGUGUAUUUUAUUGUAUGUCAACAUCUACAACGCAGCCACAGAGUUCGAAAUGAUUUCUCAGGAAUAUCAGCUCAGGUAAUUUUUUUGAAUUGGCUUUAUACCUACGGAUAUCUAGUAGGGUUAAGUGAUUUUUCUUUGAAAUGGUUUUUACACGCUCCCGUUUGAAUUAAAUGUUACACCUCUGUAGAUGAUGAUGACAAGAAAUGAACAGUUUGUCAUGUGGUUAAUGUAUAAUAAUUUUAGAUACUUGGCGAUCAUUUUCCAGACAAAUAAACUUGUUUUUUUAUUCAAUAUGGCAUACUUAAAUCCAAAGUUUAUUACACACACUUAUUUCAGUUAAAUAAAUAAAUAGUGUUCCCUCAA